GAAGGAGACACAGGACAGACAGCUGGGAAAGGAACAGGAAGCAAGUAGUAGAGACUUUUAUUUAAGGUUUUGCAGAUGGAUAGGAAAAUAGAUAUCUGUGUGUGCCUGCUUCUGCGUGGGUGAGGUUUUGAGGCUAAGGCAUCUUUAGUUAUAACCAUUAUACCUGCCUCCCCCUUCUUUCUCUCAUCUGUUUAGAAAGAGAGAUCUCAGUUCCAACAUCCUUUAUCUAUCUAUUCAGUUUUUGUAGCGUACAGGUGGGAAAUUAAGUACUAUGAGUAGUAGCCAUUGAUGACACCUGAGAAAUGAAGAAAGCAGCUGAUCGGAACAAAGUGAAUCAUGGACAAACAUUUCUUGGGUUUCAAGGAAAUCAUUAAAAUUACUUGCUGUUCGUUUGCGGAAUCAUGAAGCAUAAAGAUGGAAAACCAGGGUCCCAUCCUGAUAAAAACUCCAGGGCUUUUCCCAUGGCGAUGAUGUUUGUGGUACUCUGUGGGCUUUCAUUCUAUCUUGGUGGAAUUUUCUGUUCUGAGAGAGAUAAAAUUGAGGUCAAGGACGUGGCAAAGGUGGUCUCCUCACCCAAGGAAUCGUCAGUUGCUCCUCUCCAAAUUAAAUCCACUGCAUUUCCUGAAUGCAGCAGCGACUAUCAAGACUACACUCCAUGCACGGAUCCAAGGAGGUGGAAGAAAUAUGGUAAUCAUCGGCUUACUUUCAUGGAACGCCACUGUCCUCCGGUUUUUGAAAGGAAGGAAUGCUUAGUUCCACCACCGGAAGGGUAUAAGCCUCCAAUAACAUGGCCAAAGAGCAGGGAUCAGUGUUGGUACAGGAAUGUACCAUAUGAUUGGAUUAACAAGCAGAAAUCUAACCAGAACUGGCUGAGAAAAGAGGGGGAGAAGUUCCUCUUUCCUGGUGGGGGCACUAUGUUUCCCAGAGGAGUGGGUGCCUAUGUUGAUCUGAUGCAAGAUCUUAUCCCUGAAAUGAAAGAUGGGACCAUUCGCACUGCCAUUGAUACUGGGUGUGGGGUUGCUAGCUGGGGAGGUGAUCUAUUAGAUCGCGGGAUUCUAACUGUUUCUCUUGCCCCAAGAGAUAACCAUGAGGCUCAAGUCCAGUUUGCAUUAGAACGUGGAAUUCCUGCAAUUCUUGGCAUCAUUUCCACACAAAGACUUCCCUUCCCAUCAAAUGCAUUCGAUAUGGCUCAUUGCUCCAGAUGUCUUAUCCCAUGGACAGAAUUUGGUGGAAUUUAUCUUCUGGAAGUUCACCGUAUUCUCCGUCCCGGUGGCUUCUGGGUUCUGUCUGGUCCUCCUGUUAACUAUGAAAACCAUUGGCGAGGCUGGAAUACUACUGUGGAAGAGCAGAAAUCUGAUUAUGAAAAGUUGCAAGAACUGCUGACUUCGAUGUGCUUCAAAUUGUAUGACAAAAAGGAUGACAUUGCUGUGUGGCAGAAAGCUUCAGAUAAUAGUUGCUACAGUAAACUUACCUAUCCCGAUGCCUACCCACCAAAGUGCGAUGAUAGCCUGGAACCAGAUUCAGCAUGGUACACUCCACUCCGCCCUUGCGUUGUUGUUCCAAGCCCAAGAAUUAAGAAAUCAGUUAUGGAGUCCAUCCCCAAAUGGCCACAGAGGUUGCAUGUUACACCUGAACGCAUUUUAGAUGUUCAUGGUGGGAGUGCUAGUGCUUUUAAGCAUGAUGACAGCAAGUGGAAGAUUCGUGCAAAGCACUACAAGAAGUUGCUCCCAGCACUUGGGUCUGAUAAGAUAAGAAAUGUUAUGGACAUGAAUACAGUUUAUGGAGGUUUUGCUGCAGCUGUGAUUGAUGAUCCCCUGUGGGUCAUGAAUGUGGUCUCUUCAUAUGCUGCCAACACACUUCCUGUUGUUUUUGACCGUGGCCUCAUCGGAACUUUUCAUGAUUGGUGUGAAGCUUUCUCAACUUAUCCUCGAACUUAUGAUCUCCUUCACCUUGAUGGCCUCUUCACUGCAGAAAGCCACAGAUGUGAUAUGAAGUAUGUGCUUUUGGAGAUGGAUCGGAUCCUAAGACCUGCCGGUUAUGCAAUAAUACGAGAAUCCAGCUAUUUCAUGGAUGCCAUUUCUACCAUUGCCAGGGGUUUGAGGUGGAGCUGCCGUGGAGAAGACACUGAAUAUGGAGUUGAGAAAGAGAAAAUAUUGAUUUGCCAGAAGAAACUCUGGCAUUCCUCUAACCAAAGUUCAAGAUGACAAACACGAGAAAUCCUGAAACAUGCCGCUCCGAGAGCUUAUGCAACUGCAAUACAAGAUUGCAGGGGAAGAAAGCUGAAUACCUUACACAGAUUAGUUUAUUCAAAAGAAGCCAAGGAUCCUCCAGAUCAACAUCUCAAUUGAAGAAUUAGCUACCCAAUAACAUAAAUUUGUUAAUUUAUAGUAUCAUCAGGUAUAAAUAGAUUCAUUGCAAGGCAUCCUGGCUUUGUGUUAUCUUUUUUCACAUUUCGGAUCUUUUUCCGAUAUGUAAAACUUCAAAGAUCGGUGUAUGGAAAUUCGUGGACUCGAUAAGGAAUGCCACCUGGCAUUGUCGUUCUUACAUAUAUGUAAUGAAAUUUGGUUUCUUCAUUAUUGAAAUUUUCAUCAUA